AUGGGGACGCCGCCGGCUCAUGGGGCCACCUUCGCCUGCACGUGGGGCAGCUCCGCCCGCCCCCAUUCCUGGAGGAUCCUCCGCCCGUGCGUGGGGUUCAACCUCUGCCUCCAGCGCAUGGGGCCGUGGCUGUCGCCGCCUUCAGAGAGAGAGAACCUGAGGCCUUCGCCGGCGCCGAUUACUUCCCGGCCACAGUUCCCGAAUCCGAGUAGAUCUCAGCGUCGAUGCCGGCCGAAGGCUCUAUUUAUAUAUCCGCAAGAUCUUCUCGCUACUCGAUCCGUCGCGCAGCCGGACGUAGCUCACCCAUGGCAAAGGUGCCGGAAAAGGGAUCUGUUCCUACGCCGGCGGCCGCAGGUGGUCCGCGGUGGCGACCGGAUCAGCGCCCUCUCCGACGAUCUCCUCCUCGUCAUCCUGCGCCGCCUCGACACCCGCACGGCGCUCGGCACCGGGCUGCUGUCCAGGCGCUGGUCCAGCCUCCCCCGCGAGCUCCCUGCCCUCGACUUCCGUGUCGGCGACAUACUCCCGCCGCGCUGCCACCGAUUGAUGCUCCUUUACAGCAACACAACGGUGACUCCUUCAGACUACGAACUCCACACCAUGAAGAAGAAGCUCAAACAUAUCAUCAGGAGGUACGAGCGCCGCGCCAUGCGCGCCUUGAACGGCUUUAUCAAGACCUCCUUGGACGACGGCGGCGGCGUCCUAGGAGGAGGACCUGGCCGGAGGAUCAGCAGGCUGACGCUGGAAUUCUUCGCCACCCUCAACAGCGGCUGCAUGAACCAGCUCAUCGCCAAGGCCGUGGAUGCUUGGGGGGUCGAUGAUCUCGAGGCCGUGGCCACGCCAAUCUUCAGGGAACAAGCUGUCCACUCCUUUCCCAGCCAUGGCCUCUGCGAGAAGCCCAGCGCGUCCCGCCUGCGAAGCCUCAAGCUUGGAGGCUGCUUCCUCCCGCCGCUGCACGAGUACAGCGCGCUCACUAGGCUCGUCCUGCAAGGCCUGCCGGAAUCGACAUCACAGGCAGCGUAUGCGGGUGUCUUCACGUCGUGCCCGCAGCUGCAGGUGGUGCAUCUCAUCUCUUGCCUGUGCAAAUGCGGCGUGGAGCUGGUCGUGGACGCCCCAAGGUCAGAGAUCAGGGAGCUCGUUGUGGACAGAUGUGACUUCGUACAGGUGUGCAUGAGGGCCCUUCCUAGUCUCGAGAGACUGGCCUCGCUGGGAGUUUGCAGGGUGCUCUUUGAGUCCACCUCAUUUCCCUACCUCAGGCAAUGUAACUUUGCCCUGUGGUGCGGUAUCAUAUGGGGGGAAGGAUCUAUCCUACACUUGCUGCGGGCAGAGCUCCUCAGCCUGCAUCUUGGCGUGUUCUUUGGACGCACCCCGGACAUAACUAGUCUUAUUCUCCGCUUCACUGGACCUCACAGAUGGAUCGUACCGUCUAUAAACUCCCCGUCGACUUCAUUGUUACCCAACGCGAGACGCCUAUUGGUCGCCGACGUGCCUUCAUCCUGGGACGCCUCAUGGCCCCGUCUCCUCCUUGAGACGGCGCCUUCCCUUGAGACCCUUCAUAUCCACAUUGCACCUUGCGUGGAGGAGGAACCCGGUGAUGAGAUACCUUGGCAGCCCAGCGAGCUUCUGCACCAUCACCUUAAGGAGUUUGUGAUCGUUGGUUUUGAGGGGACCGAGAGGCAGGUUUACCUUGUCAGGUUUGUCAUGGGAGUAUGCACGGCGUUGCACCAUCUCGCAUUGUUCAAGGAGGGGCAUGCUCGGGACAAUGGGCACUGGGACUGGGAGAUGGUGACGCAGCCACAUUCGUGGACCACGGAGGAGAAGAACAACACGCUGAAGCAGAUCAUGGAUGGUGUUCCUUCCUCAACUGCUGCUUCUGUUCAACUGGUUUUUGGCUGAAUUUUCUCAUGUUUGUGCAAGACUUGAAAGUGUAGUAAUACAAAUUAAGGCCUCUUUUUAGUUUUAGUUGAUGUAAUUUAUGUAUAUUCUCUCUCACUCAAAUAAUAAUGUGUUGGUGGAAUCGUGGUCGUUCUUAAUUUCUAGUGCUAAUAAACAUUGGGUGCAUUUUCAGUUGAACUUAA